GUUUCACUGCACUGGCCAACACACUGUACUCCAUGAACAAGCAGCUCUUUCAGUAAACUGCACAGGGACAUUCAGUCACAUGGAUACACUCAUCAGACUUUAGUCAUCAGUUUUUCUUUUUUGUAUUAUUCUCUCUUUAUUUGGGUGCACUGUUGGUUUUGGAAGAACAAUAAAGAUGAUUAAGACCCUGUUUCAACAUGCGAAGAAACAUCCAGGGUUAAUCCCUCAGUUUUUCUUCACCACUCUGGGAGUCACAGGAGCCACCAUCUACCUGAUCCGUCUGGCCAAAGGGCCUCAUGUCACCCUCUGGGACAAGAAGAACAACCCGGAGCCCUGGAACAAGCUCGACCCGACCUACCAGUAUAAGUUUGUGGCCGUCAACACCGACUACAAGAGCCUGAAGAAAGAGGGACCUGACUUCUAAAGGUCCUCCAGACAACUGCAGCCGCACCGAGUUUGGCAGGACCUCCUGCUGUCACAUCACUGAUGUGAAACUUCUCCCUGCAUUUCUUCACUUUCACCUCGUGCUCUGCAAGCAGUUCUGAAUUAAUAUUGCAACCUUAUGAAUAAAAACAAUUAAAGAUCA